GAGAGGUCCCACUUGGCACCCAGGCAACUUCCUCCAGAAAGUCCUGAAUAGCAUGGAGUAUAUGGGGGCCCAUUUAGCCUUUAAAUCACGCUGGCACAAGACAGAUGAGGAACUCUGUCGACACAGCAUGUCCUUCAUCCUCCACAAGGCAAUUCGGAACGAUUUUUUCCAGAGUUACCUCUACCUUCUGGAGCGGCUGCCUCUGGUCAAACUUUAUGCUCUGACAAGCGAAGUCAUCAACGGUGAGAUGCAGUUUUACGCCAGAGCCAAACAUUUCUACAAAGAAGUGCCGGCGUCGGAAGAAGGCAUGAUGGGGGAUUUCAUCGAGUUGUCCAACACAGAUAUUGAGUCCUCCAGGGAAUUUCUUAAGAAUUUUGUAGGGGUGAGUUCCCAAGGGCCUGGCAAAGCGGGCACCGACUUCGCUCUUGACUGCGGCUCAGGCAUAGGGAGGGUGAGCAAACAUGUCCUCCUUCCCUUAUUCAAGCACGUGGAGCUGGUGGACAUGAUGGAUGUUUUCCUGACAGAAGCUCAGAACUACUUGCAGGGCCAGGGAGAAAAAGUCGACAUGUACUAUUGCUGCAGCCUCCAGGAAUUCACGCCAACGCCUAGGAAAUACGACGUCAUCUGGAUCCAGUGGGUUUCAGGAAACCUGACAGAUAAGGAUUUACUGGGGUUUUUCAUUCGCUGCCAGGAUGGUUUGAAGGAGAACGGCAUUAUUAUUCUGAAGGACAACGUGGCACGGGAGGGCUGUGUCCUCGAUCCGUUGGACAGCAGUGUCAUUCGAGAUCUGAACAUCCUCAGUAGUCUUAUUGAAAAGAGCGGCCUCUCCAUCGUGAGACGGGAAAAGCAAGAGGGCUUUCCUGAGCAGUGCGUACCAGUCUGGAUGAUAGCCAUGCAGAAGAAUCCUAUCCAUAUGAGAAAUGGGAUGUUGUAAGGGCCGUUGACAUAGGGCUGGAAUUCAGGGCAACAAAGGGGGGGAAUUGAAGUAGUGUUUCCAGGCUGGAUUUCUCGUUGUAAAACAGCAGCGGCACUCCCAUGUUUUUCCUCUUCCAUUUCCAUGGUUUUCAGAGCUCAGAAGAAUGGUGGUCAUUCUUUCUAAUGCAAUGAGUGUAGAGGACCCAUCAAACAGCUGUCCUAUGCAGUCUGAUAAUGGCUGGAACAGCAUCUACUCUAGCCAUUUCCUUCUCUGCCAUUUGCCUCUCUUCUCUUGGAAUAAACUCUUAUCACCUUAACCCUUCUCUUUCUAAACAGCAUUGCCAACACCCCAUUUAGGUGUGUACAGCAACAUGGAAAAGUGACUUGAAGCAUGGCAGGGGAAACAAUCUCGCUGAGUUUUAAGCUGCUGGUGUGUACAUGUGAUUGUGAUUGGAAGUGUACAGAUCAUGUUUCCUGAAAUAUCUCAUUAUGGCUAGAAGGGCCAAGGCAGAGUUACAUGGAGCUUUGUGAUGACUUCCUUUUGGGUUUUCGUUUGGGUUUUAAUCUCAACCAGCUUGGGCAGUCUUCACGUCUGAGCAGAAGAAGGAGAGGUUACUUAAUAAGUUACUUAAUCUGUUCCCCUUUGGUUGUUUUCAGCUC